AGCUAUUUUUAUUGACCAGUUGAGCGCCGUUCUGAAAACUGUUGAAGAUUAAAAACUCUUGUCCUCUUCUAUUCUUCUCCGAUUCUCCUUUUACUCCCAGCAGUGAAGACCAAUCGCGGACCGUGAGCCCUACUGCCAAAAUGCCUGAAAUUAAAAAAUCAAAGAUUUCAGCAUCUCGCAAGCUCAUGCUUAAGAGCAUGUUGCUGGCAAAAGCUAACGAGGCAUUAGAGCAAGAAAUGAUGGAAAGAGAUGAUGAAAAGGAAAAGUUUCUUGGAGAAAGAGUCCCCCCAGUAAAAAUAGCUGGGUUGUCCUUCAGCCAGCUGCAGGAGCUGUGCAGCGAACUUCAAGGGAAAGUGCACAUUGUGGACGAGGAGCGAUAUGAUUUUGAAGCCAAAGUGCUACAUAACAAGAGAGAGAUCCAGGACCUGACUCUGAAAGUUUUUGAUCUGAGAGGGAAGUUUAAACGCCCCACUCUUCGUCGGGUCCGCGUUUCUGCUGAUGCUAUGUUGAGGGCUCUGCUGGGUUCCAAGCAUAAAGUAUCCAUGGACCUCAGAGCCAACCUGAAGUCGGUCAAAAAGGAAGAUUCAGAAAAGGAACGUCCAGCUGGAGUCAGUGACUGGCGUAAAAAUGUGGAAGCAAUGUCUGGAAUGGAAGGCAGGAAGAAAAUGUUUGAUGCUGCAAAAGCCCCAACUGGGCAAUAAUUUUACUUCAAGAGAUUCAAUUCAAGAUACGUCCUUUCCCAGUAUCUCUAGCUUUACAUGCUCACAUUUCCCUGCUUUUGAAGGUGUCCAGAAUCCAGUGGGAAAACAGUGGCCACACCGGAUGAUAAACAAUGAAGAAUUCUAUUUUAAGACAAUAAAUAUAAAAUAAUUAACUGUGAUGUUCUGCAAAUCCUGUAAAUUCAAAUGAAAUAAAAGUAAACUUACUGCCUGGGUGAAGAAGUUAA